UCGAGUAAACAAAUAUCAAUGAAGCUUUUCAGUUUUUGCAGCAAAUUAAAAGAAUACUCUGAGGAAGAGAGUUUGAAAUUAUUUCAGGCUUAUGUAGCAUCUGUGAAUCAUCUGAGUUGUCUCAACCUAACCGGUGAUCUAAAAGUGCUAUCAAGCUUAGUUACCGGACCACAAUACGACAGUGUACUGUGUAACUAUGAUGGUAUUUCUUGUCUAAAAAAUGCUAAACGAACAAAACAAAACUAUAUUAGUCGCCUGUUACAUGUAACCAGAAAUAACGGAAUCCUUGAGUGUGGUUCGUUGAAACAAGGAAUUUGUCAGAUGAGACAUCCGUUGACCUUAGAAGUCAUUUUGAAUGGUUCAGUACCUGUGGUACCAAAUGACAACAACUCAUCUUGUGUAGCACUUGUCGACGACAACGACAUACUUUAUGUGGCUUCCACUCAUACGCCGGAAUCACCAUACCGGGAAUCAAUGCCGGCUGUAUGUUCACGAGAGCCGCCAAAUUAUAAUACAAUAAAUGCGGGUUCCAUUGAAGGUGAAGCUGCCGUCCAUAUUCGUUAUGAGUAUCGGCGAACCCUAAAAGUUGACUAUAUUGCGGCAUUUUUUCACCAUCAAUUUGUCUACUUUAUAAGUUUAUUGCCGCAAAAAACUGAGACAUCAAAAUUAAUCCGGAUUUGCAAAAAUGAUACUCGAUAUGUGUCGUACAGUGAAAUUGAUUUACGAUGUAUCGGUGAAGAUAAUCAUAGUUUUAAUCGAGUGACAACGGCGACGCUGAUCGAUGAUACGGUAUUUGCAACGUUCACCGAUAGCAGUGGCAGCAAAUCUGCAAUAUGUGUCUAUCGUAUGAGAAAAAUUAAGCUGAAUUUUUGGUACAACUUAGACCGAUGUCAUUCCGGUAGCAAUACAAUUGGUUUGCCACAUAUUGGCAGGGAUACCAAAUGUGUUAAUCGAUCUCAUCUACCGUUACCUGAAGAUACUUGCACAAUGGGUGUUGGUGGGGUCAUUGGAUGCGAUGAAAUUUCUGAUUUUCAACUGAACGCAGUUAUUCGAUCUUCAGCUUCAACUCAUCUGGACAAUAUUACAGUUUUGAUCAUUGGCACAGAAAACGGUUCUGUUUUGCAAGUAAGAAAGAAUUUCUUUCUUUUGAUAUUACCAUUUCAGUUAUUUAAACUUUCCAUCAACGACUGUGAAUUGCACAGUUCGUGUAAACAGUGCGUUACCGGAGCUAAUCCACUGUGUGGUUGGUGUAUUUUGGAAGGUCGUUGCACACUUCGUUCAACAUGUAGUUCCGGUCUUCUAAUUGACAGCUGUCCAGUGGAUGCACCAGCAAUUCCAUCAAAUAUAUCAGCUAUUUCUAAUGAUGCACAAAUUUUCGUUCCACUUGGCCAGUACUCAGUACCUGACAAUACGCAGGAUAAUAGCACCAUUACAGUAACCGUCUACAGCUGUACAGCGAUGGCAGUAGAUUGCUCGAGCUGUUUUUAUUUGGCUUCCAAAUGGAACUGUAGUUGGUGUGAUGGUAAAUGCACUCAUCGUACUAACUGUAAUUCAACAUCUUUCGAUCAUUCUCCGGAUACCAUUUGUGAGUCGGGACCUUUGGAGGGAGGCACAUUAGUAGAAGUAACUGGAAGAGAUCUUGGAUUUUCUUCUAAAAGUGUAGAUGAUGCAGUUCUUAUUGGCAAAUCGAAAUGUAACGUUGUCGCCUACGAGAUGUCAUCUAAGUUUGCAUGUAUUGUGGAACCUGGUGUAGAAGGAUCAUUUCCAGUCGAAAUUUUGAUCGGCAAGACUGGACGUCGUCAUGCCAAAUCAAAAACACUGUAUAGCUUUGUACGACCAUUUGCAACACGUGUGUUCCCAAAUUUUGGCCCAAAAUCUGGCGGUACACGUGUCACUAUCUAUGGCAGCAACCUUACUAUUGGCAGUAGCGUAACUGUCAUGUUUGGGAAAAUCCCGUGCCAAGUAAUUAAGGAGGUUAGUACUAAAUAUGAUGUUUCUUCUGUUGGUCCAAUCAGGAUAACCAUUGACAAACAUACAGAGGUGCUUCAAACAUCUUUCGAGUAUCGCUCAGACCCGGAGAUCACAUCUAUCUACCCAACAGCAACUUUCAAGAGUGGUGGACGACUAAUUUUUGUUAAGGGCGAACAUCUCGACUCUGUCCUUCAUCCUCGUAUAUUCAUCUCAGCCACAAACGAUUCGCGGGAUGGGUCAAUUUCAGAACUAGCCGACUGCAUUAUUCAGAACUCCACAUCAAUGUUCUGCCGGACUCCAAAACUGACAGUAGUGCCUGACCCAAUAUUUGCACCGUUCAGUGGCAUUCGAAUGCAUAAACCAGGCGAUUUGUUUGUGAUUGAGGGGAAUCACCUGUCACAUGCCGCAUUCCCCAGUGAAUAUCAGGUUUUUAUCGGUUCUGAGCAUUGUAUCGUAACUGAACUGGAAAAGGAGCGAUUGCUGUGUAAAGGUCCUGAAGUACAGCCACGAGCAACAGACGAAAAAGGGAAUACGGUGGAAGGUGGACGGCCACUAUUCGUUGUCAUCGUUGGUUCAUUGAGAUACGAGUUGGGAUUAGUGGAGUAUGAAACAUUCGCUCUGAAGUACUCAACUUUCUAUUUACUAAAUCAAUUUACUAGCACUGUGUUAUUUGCGAUUUUAUCACAGAAACAUGCCUUAGAAAAUAGGUUGUUCUCGUUGUCUGUUUUCAGCGAAUCUCUUGCUGCUACUGCUCAAUUAGAUAGUCUACUGUGGAACAAACAGUUUGUUAUAACAUUAGUCGAAAUUACUGAAUCUGAUUAUUCGCUCUCUACAAAUGAUCGAGCUCUGUUUGCUUCACUUUUAACUGCUUCACUUCUCCGUAAUAUGAAUUACUUUACAGAUAUCGUCAUUACACUAUUAACCUAUCAUACUGAGAAAUGCAUUAAGAAUCGGAAUGCGCAUCUAUUGUUCCGGCAAAAUAGCUCGAUAAUAGAAAAAAUAUUUUCGUUUUGGUUAUCAUUUUGUCUUUACGAUGACUUGCGGUCAUCUUUGGGUGCUCCGUUGUAUUUCCUGCAGGAAGUUAUUAGGAAACAAGUAACGAAAGGUCCUGUUGAUGAAAUGACAGGAAGCGCUCGUUAUACUUUAAAUGAUCAUAAUUUAUUGCGAGAACCAGUCAAUGCUGUGUUUUUGGUACGGUUCAUCUUUUUCACUUCGUUGCUUUUACUCAAAUUGUGUUGGAGAGUGAUGUUUUGGAUGAUUCAGAAGUACAUAAACGACCUGUAUAAGUCAGUUUUGUUACUGCAAAGCGACGAAAUCCCGGUGGUUGUAAAAUAUGUCUUCGAUUUGUUCGAUGAUAUUGCACGACAAAACAAUGUCAGUAUUUUUUGGAAAGCAAAUGCAUGGACAUUGCGAUUUUGGCUUAUGCAGGUUUCGCACCCAGCUUGUUUGUUCGAUUGUGAAAGAAGUAUUGCAGCUAACUAUUCACUAGUAACAAUUGCUACGUCACUCACUGACUUGUUGAGUUCGGACUGUUCUUACUUGGAAAUAAUGUUUGCCAAAGAUGUUGAGCGUCAACGUUCUAAUGUGAAAGGUUUUUUCCGUAGAGUUAAAUCAGCGAAAACUGUUACUGGUGAGCAGCUGUCUGCAAAAGUUGCGCAGGUUUCAAAGGUAGGUUUUUCGAUAAACACGGAAUUGUUAUCGUGGAUCAGGAAUGCGGGUCUUAAAUUAGUGGAUGGGCUGUAUGAUGAUUCGUCGGCAUGUGACUAUCACUUAGGACAACGACUUAGCGAAAUUCUUAAUGUCCCUUUCCGUGAAAACGAACAUAUUUAUGCUACUCUGCAGUAG